UAUGAAUUGUGUUGGUAUGACAUAUACAAUUUUUAUAACCUUACACAUUCAAAUUUUAUUUAUUUAUUAGUUUCUAAUUUUGAGUUCCAUUUGUAAUAGAGAUUUAUACAUUCCUGCAAAGAAUGAAUAUCAGGCGGGAAAAAGAGAAGGAAGAGCUGGAAGCACUCAAUAAAAAGUUGCAAAUAGACAAUCUCCAGUUAACAAGAUCUCACAUUGAAAAGAAAAAUAAGUUUGCCAACCUAACUCGUUGCUUAAAUGACAGGCAGCGGGAAGAAGAUGAACUUAAUAGAGCAACAAAAAUUAAGGAGCACAUCGCCCUGCAAAAUGCGAAAGUUGAACAGGAGCAACAGUUGGUAACCCAAAUAGACGAAAUACGAAGAAGUGAAGUUAAUGAAAAGAGGCAAAGGCAACUGCUUCGUGAAAAUUGUGAGGAAUUACGAGAACUUGAAAGGAAGCUACGAGCUGCAUACAUUGCAAAGCAUCAAAUAGCACAAAUAGCAGAAAAAGAAGCAAUUAAAUUAAAUGAGAAGGUAAGAGAAAAGGAAUGCAAUGCACUAUUACACUCCGCAUGGCUCAAAGAUGAUCAAAAUAGAAUUGUCACCAUUCAAGAGGACAUACGUCGCAAGGAACAAUAUCGACAAGAGUUACACAAUCAGAUGAUAGCUCAAGAGAAAAAUAGAAGAUUUGAAUAUGAAGAGUUCCUCCGUGAAAAGAAAUUAUUGGAUGAUAUUGUACAACGUAUCCAUGACGAGAAUGAAAGAACAAUUGAAGAACGCAUGUGUAAAAUGAAAAAAACUCAACAAGAAAUUCAAGCAUUUAAAGCAGCUCAGGAAGUUUGGAGACAAAAGCAAAAAGAAGAACUGGAAGAAGAAAAUAGAAGAAUGCAGGAGUAUCUUUUAUCUAAAGCAAGUGCAACCAAAGCAAGGAUGGAAGAUCAGGAAAGGAUUGCAUCAGCUAAAGCUAAGUUAUGUGAUGAUAUAGGAAGAAAAAUGUAUGAAAUUCAGCGCCAACGCCAAGAGAGGGAGGAUAUACUUUCUCAACUCAUGGAGGAAGAGAAAAAGGAAGAAUUGGAGAAUAGACACAAAAGGGAGGUAGAAAAUGAACUACGCCGAAGAAUUGAAGUACGGAUUUCUUUGAAUCGGCAAAUGGAGGAGCAUGAAGAGCAAAAGAAACAACAGGCUGAAGAAGACGCAAAAUACAAAGAAGAAUUAAUUGCAGAGAUCGCGAGAAGUGAACGCUUGGAACAACUUUCGAAUGAGAAGAAGAGAAGAAAAAUGUUAGAAGUGAGACGGGAAGUGGAAAGGAUGAUGACAGAACGAAGGCAAUUACAAGCCGAAAAAAUGCAGUUAGAAAUGAAGAUUCUAGCUGAAGGUAGACGAGAGCAGCAAGAAAGGCAACGUUUAAUCCAAGAGGAGCGUAUUAGAAUGCUUAAAGACCAUGCACAUAAUUUAAUAGGUUACUUACCAAGAGGGAUAUUAAACGAAGAUGACCUACCACACUUAGGAAGCACAGUGUUAGAUAAAUAUGGGGGAAAAUAUAAGCAUGACGACAUUGGUCAUACCAGUUAAUUAAUCUUGAUGAAUUUUAGACACUCUCAACACAGCUGUGACAUUAAAUCCUUAGUUGUUCGAGUUGUUAAUUAGUUGUCUACUUAUACUGUUGUUUUUCAUGGUUUACGUGUUUACUAAGGUUUUGUCUUAGACCAUAUAGUACAUGGACUGCUAUUAGCCCUAUGUUUUCAAUACAAAAUGGGUGGUCACGGAUAGAGGGCACUGUAGUCGUGGGUAUGUGAAUCUCAGGGUAAACUAAAGUCGUAUGAACACUACUCGGAUUGCGUAAAGAGUAACUUUCUCCCUCUCAUUCUCGAUGCUCUCGCGACGGCCCUGAUCAUGCUUACUGCUAAAACACUACUGACUUUAAUACAUUGGUAUGGUUUAUUAAACGAGUAAGUAUGGCAAGGUUUUUGAAUGAUUUCUGUUAAAUUUUACAUUUAAAUUAUUAUAUUAUGAAACUUUAAAUUUGCAAAUUAUGUCUAGCUGAUUGAACUAGGUACUAUACUACUCGUUGACCAUUUGUAAUUUUACUGUUUCGAAAAGACUGUAAAACUUGUUUACGGAAUAGGUAUCUACUUCAUGUUUGUCUAUCCAUGACUGUUUACACCAUUUUACAAUAUUAUUUAUUAGAUUUGCCAUAAAAGCAUGUUCUAUUAGCAGUGGGGUAAUUUUCUUACGUGGCGUCGGAAUAAUUUGAUAAAAUUGUGUAUUGUAUAGAUAU